AUGUGUUCUGUGGACCUCUCACCAUUGCUGAAACUUGGGAUUGUGUCAAGGACACCUCCUCAUAUCCCUGAAGUUAACAUCCCUGAGGAAAUUGUUCUCCAGCUUGCUUCUGGACUAAGAGUUGAAAUCAACCGUGGUUUUACUGUGCUUAGGGACAUUGCAUCAGGAAGAGAUCUCAAUAAGUUUCUAUGGUGGAAGUGCUAA